CCUUCAGUAUAGAGCACAUCGCGGACGGUACCAAGUUCAGCUCAGCUUCAAGGGUGGGUUGUGGCAUUUGUGUCCGUCUCGGGGAAAAUCGGUCUGUGGAGCGUGGAUUAACCGGAAUGGCAAUUGGAAUUCCUACUCGGAUGCGUAGCGAUAUCUCGAAUCAGUUGUUCUUAGUACAGCAUAUCGUGUACACGGUGUGAAAAUUUCUAUUUUUUGUACGAGCACCUUUAUCAAGGAACGUUCAACGAACUCAUUUCGUCGUCGUCGCCUUGUUUUGUUUUUUUGUUUUUGGCCUGUGUCUUUUCUGUGGUGGAUGAUUUAGGAUUUUUUUUUUACCUCAUUGAAACUUAAUCCUGGUAGAGCAGUUGUUUCUUCGCUAAGAUUUUUUUCCACCCUUCGUUAUUUUGUACCUUGAAUAUCUUUUGUCUUUGGGCUGGAAUUUAAUUGAGUGAACGGAUGUUUUAAUACUAACAUAUUAGCAGUGAACUAAAAAGUGCAAUAUCUUUGCUAUUCAAAACAAAAAUAUAUCAUUGCAAAUUGCAAAAUGCAAAUAAAAAAGAAAAACGCGUAAAAGUGCAGAAUUUUCUUUCAAUUAUUUUAUAGAGUGAAUAUACCGUCGGCAAAGCUUUAGUUGAUAAAAUGCAGGCCACAAAAAUGCGAACCCCAUUUGCCAUUCAAGAAAUUCUUGGACUUGGUGUAGGAAGGCAAUCAAAUAAUGUAUCACCGCCGAUAAAUGUGACAUCAUCAGGACUUUCACCAGCGGGAUCAGGCAGAGAUACAGGCUCUAUGUCUCCGGAUGCUGUUAAAAUGGCAAGUGUGUCCGCAUCAGCCGUCAAUCACUGCCAAUUACCCGUUUUUAAUCCGGCGAAUUUUUAUGCUGCGGCUGGUUACGACCAUAGCACGUUAAAUGCGGCACAUCACCACCAUAUGACAACCUUAGCAGCAGCGGCUUAUUUGCGUGGAUUUUUACCGCCGGGUUUUAGCACGCCUCAUGAAUUUAGGGGACAUUUUCAACAGCAUUUUGGCAGUCAAUUUGACCAAUCCCGCAACGAAUAUCACAAUAGUUUAAAUGUGAACGACGAACACUGUAGUAGUGGCACUGGCUCUAACACAACGAAUACUACUUUGAGACUUCACACUGGUGGAGGCAUCUCACCAGUGGAACAUUCCCCGGCAGCCGCAGCAGCUGCCCUAGUUGGAGCACAUCAUGCUGCCGCUGUGGCAGCGGCUGGACAUCACCACCAUCACCAUCUUCACCACCCGCAUCAUCAUCAUGACAGUGGUUAUGUCAAUGGCAGUAGUAAUGGAGUCUCUGGAACUGGAGGCCUGCUUGGUAGCAGUAACAGUGGCAAGAAAAAGAAUAAAAGGCGACAUGGAAGAACAAUUUUUACCAGCAAUCAAUUAGAAGAAUUGGAAAAAGCAUUUAAGGAAGCACACUAUCCAGAUGUUAGCGCUAGAGAGUUACUGUCGAUGAAAACCGGCCUGGCUGAAGAUAGAAUUCAGGUUUGGUUCCAAAAUCGACGUGCAAAGUGGCGAAAAACUGAGAAAUGCUGGGGACAUAGUACAAAAAUGGCCGAAUAUGGUCUUUACGGUGCCAUGGUCCGCCACUCUCUCCCAUUACCUGACACAAUUUUAAAAUCGGCCAAAGACGAUGAAUCUGUAGCUCCAUGGCUUUUAGGGAUGCAUAAAAAAUCUCUUGAAGCUGCUGACAUUCUUAAGAGUGAUGAAAGCGAUCGCGAAACACCUACUUCAGAUGACACCAAUACCUCAUAUUCGGCCGGAAGUACGCAUAACUCGCCGAUAUCAUCAUUUUCAAUAUCACGAUUACUAUUCGAUGGCCCCAGAAAACCUGCCGAACCACAGCAACUACAUCAUCAACAAAUGCAGUUGCAAUUACAACUGCAGCAUCAACAUCAACUUCAGCACCAACCACAAAGUGAUGAACACCACCAAAACAACAUACAGCGACAUGAGUCUCAGUCGCAUGAGGGACAUUUGCAUGAAUCACAGCAACAUGAAUCCCAACAAUCACAUCAACAACAAGAACGUCAGUUAUCUCAUCAACAGCAGCAAAUACUUGUUAAACAAGAGCAUAAUGUAACUAUCAAGGAGCAGGACUCCAGAUGAAGGCCGACUUAUAUGUAAAGAAACUUAAACGCCGGGUGUUGCAUUGACCAGGAUCAACGCAAAUCAGAUAUUAGAUCAACUUAGCAUCAAGCUGUCUAUAACAAAACAUGUUUAAUUGCUUUUGACAGCUGGUCAAACAAAAACCAAAACUUCAAGUUGAAGAGUUAUCUUAUUCGCGAUAAGCCUGGUCACUUAAAAAAGUAAUAAACUUAUUUUAAGCAAAUUUGUUAGGAAAUACAGACUCGCAUUACAAAAACAAAAUUUAAUAAAUUAUUUACUGUAUAAAGAUUUGUUUGAUGUUCUUUUAAAAUGAAAAUAACACAUCGAAUACCAUUGAAAAAGACUACUUAAAAGUCCGUGAAAAUUGCAAGCAUUUACAACCAGAAAAAGAGCAACGAUUUUUGUCUAAUUAUUAUUUAAAGGAAGAAAAUUUGCACAUAUGUAUGUAGGUUUAAAAUAGUUCAUAUAGUUUUGUUUGAAGGACUUGAAAAUAUUUGUUCUACAAUGCGAAUCUUUUGUUUUAAAAAUUAAAGUUAUAACUGAAAUAAAAAAAAACUCUGUUAAAUCUACCAUAUUGAUAUUGUUUUCCCGUUAGCUGGUUCGAAAGAAAUAUUUAAAGUUGGACAUGUUUUUACACAUCAUGACAAAGUGUGAUGGCUUGAGUAAACCAAUUCAUCGCUAGCUCGAUACGUUCCAUUCCGUAAGAUUUAAACUGAAUUGAAUAUAAGAAGUUUGCACGCCGAGUUGAAGCGAGC